AGACAGAGUUGGGGUUGGAAAAGAAGAGAACAGUAGUUAGAAGAAACUCUAUUACCUUUGCGGCGACGAUAUAACGGCGCACUUCACAUUCAAAACAAGUACACACACACAUACAGAGGCACGCUUUUAUUACCUUUAUCUCCCUCUCCCUCUCGGCCAUGUCCAACCUAUCCCACCAGCGCCAGUACCAGCAGGUGCUGGCUGAUUUGACGGAGCUGCAGCAGGAGGACGUCGCGAUCAGCGCCCUGCGCGUGUCAGACGAUCCAAAAGCACAGCAGCAUUACUACACCCAGUAUUGGCUGGCCCUUUAUGUUCGCUACGUCCGACUUGCGAAGCAGCUCGUAGGCAUCCAUGACACGGAACUGCAGCCGCAGCGACGACAAGACAUGCGGACCGUACUGGACAGCUGCUUGGGUCGCAUGCUCGAGGCACGCCACAACAUCGUCGAGCACUGCGGCGACUACGUGUUGCUUGACGAUACGUUGGAGGAGAUGAAGCUGUCACCGGCGCAGCUGGACCCGCCGCUGCCCACCUACGUGCUGGAAGACCGCCGCGAGGCCCUAGAGAAGGAUCGCACCUACGCCCUGUCGCUGCAGCAGUACUACCUGGAAACGGAGCCGGAUGCGGCACCGGUCGCUGUGGCAGCGGCACGCUACCCGACGCUCUUCGCGCAGGACCCCACCAAGGCACUGCCGCCGCUGCCGUCGAAGGCCAGCGAGGAAGCUGGCGCGGCGGCUGCGAAGGCGAACGGCGAAGGUGCAGCGGCGAGUGAUGAGCCGCCGAUGCCGUUGGCCGAGGCCGUCCGCGUUCUCCAGCUGGCCGAACGGGGGCGGCAGGCGCGGCAGCGGGCCGCCAUCCAGCUGCAGCUCUACCGACAACAGCAGUACGCGGCCGCCUACGGAGCGGAGCUGAAGUCGCUGACCGGGAGGGAGCGAGCUGCCACCAUCGUGCAGAAGAUCGCCCUCGGCUACUUACAACAAAAGAGAGCGAAGGCGCGCUAUCAGCAGGAGCGGGAGCUGCUCGGGAUGGCCAGCACGGCGGUGGUGCGAAGCGAUCAGGCGAAGCUGGCGGCGGGCGUGCGCCGCGAGGACCGCAAGGCACGUCAGCGCGUCAAUCAGGCGGAGCUGACGCAGAAAACAUUCGCGAUGGAGGAGCAGCUGCGCCACCAAGAAGGCCCCAAGACACUGGAGAAGAUGAUGGACGAGGUGCUCAUGCACCUCGCGCAGUCGCGGCUCGAAGGAAAGGCGAAGGAUGGCAUCAUGGACGUGCCGAGCGUAGACGAGGGCGGCAGCCUGGCAUUGCUUGGACGAUCGUCCACCGCGACAAGCAACAACGGCGGCGAAGGCGAUCGCCAGAGCAGCCGGAAGAGCACCGUCGGCGUCGGCGGUGGGGGCAGGGCAUCCGGUCGCGCAGCAUCCGUUGCGCUUGGCUCCUCUGAGAAGGCGGCGGCUUCCGCGGUGGUGGGAGCGUCGUCGUCGUCGCGCCCGGCUUCGUCAUCGAGCCGCAAAAGCGGUGCCGGAGCUGCCGCAGCGGCCGACGGUGGUGACGCGGGUGCGCCGACGGUGCCGGCGAGUGUCUUCGCCGACCACCUCAAGGCCGGCGCGGAGCGCUACAACGCCGUGUGGCGAGAGAAGUUCCAGCAGACCGCGGUGGAGCAGGAUGACUUGGAUCAGCUGUGCGACGACGGCCUGCUGCGACAGGAGCUGCUGGAGGGGCCGCGUGGCGUGAUGCAAGACCUGCGGCGGUGCGUGGACCAGCUCGUCAUGAUGGAGGUGACGAACCUCAAGGAGAAGCUCGAGGCGGAGAAGAACGCGAACAAGAAGAAAGGCGGUCGCAAGGGCAAGAAGGAGAAGAAGGUGAAGAAGCCGAAGCUGCGGGACCCGACCAAGGGCGAGAACCUCGAGACGAUGCUGAACACCACCAUAUACGAGAACAAACUGCAGCUGCCGCCGCCGGAGGUGACUUUGAUGUCAUUUAUCGGCUCUACCGGCGUCGCGGCGGGCCCGCUGGACCGCGCCCUGCGUGUGCAAGGGCCGGACGACGAGCUCAAGAAGAAGUGGGCGCGCAUCUUACGCGGGUGGAACGCGGAGGUGGAGGCGAGCGUCGGGAUGCCACAGAAGAAGCUGGAAGAGAUCUUCAACGCGUACACGGCGCAGGCGUCGUGGCUGCGGGACCCGUCGGCGGCCGAGGUGCGCGCGGCGGCGGCGAUGUACGGUGUGCUGCCGCUGGGCUCGCAGGUGAUCCACGACCUGGCCCCUCACCCGAGUGGUCUCUUCCUCUACGGUGCUCCCGGCGCCGGCAAGACGCUGCUCGCCUACGCCAUUGCGAAUGAAAGCGGGGCGCGCUUCUUCAACUUGUCGGCCGGCAACUUCGUGACGACGAAGGGGAUUGCCAAGAUGGUGCACAUCGUCUUCUACGCGGCGCGGCUGGCGGGGCCCUCCGUCAUCUACAUCGACAACGUAGAAAAGAUUUUCCCCGGAAAGGGCGGGAAGGGGAAGCGAGCCAAGAAGGAUGCCGAGGCAGCCCGUGGAAAGAAACUGAAGAAGGAGCUCAUCAAAGGCAUCGCCAGCCUGCAGCCCACCGAUCGUGUCUUGUUGAUCGCCACGUCCUGUGCGCCAUGGACGGUGGAUAUGACGCCGCUACGCAAGUACUUCCAACGCGCGCUGCACCUUGCCACACCAGACUACACCGCACGCGAGGAGCUGCUGCGUGCGUUUGUGAAUGAGCGCCUGCAGGCGGGGCAUCUCCCGCCUCUCUCCGACACCGCGGCCGCCACGACGGCGCCUAUCAACGACGCCCUGCGCCACGUCGCGGUCUUGAUGGACGGCUUCUCCGCCAAGCAGCUGCGCGACGCCGUAGCGCAGACGCUGCCGCAGCGACGGCUGGAGCGGCUGCCGCAGCACCCGCUCGCGCCGGAGGAGUUUGUGCCGGCCAUGUCGACCACAGAGGGCUUGAGCUCUGCCGAUCGGCUCAAGUUCCAGGAGUUUCAAGCGACGCUGCCUACCGCGAUGCGCCGUGCGAACCCGGUCAAGGACUUCCAACCGCCAGAGGACGAGGCGGCGCAGCGGAAGGCCGCCGCAGCGCCAAAGAAGAAGUAA